GUGUACUGCUACUAGAGCUACUACUGCACGUUUACACUAGAGCUUUUCUGUCUCUCUACUGCAUAUUUAAACAGAAAAGAUGUCUUUGAAGACUGAGAACCAGGAACUGCACGAGAGGAUCCGAAACUUAGAAAAUCAGAACCAGGAACAGCUCAAGAGGAUCCAAAGCUUAGAACAUGAGAACCAAGAUCUGAGAGAGAGGAUGGAAAAGUCCUCGGAUAGGAACCAGCAUCUGCAGGAGACGAUCCAAAUCUUAUCGGGCAGGAUCAAGUGCCACUUAGAAGAACAGCUCAAGGAACAGGAGGAGCUCCGCUCGCACCACAAGUUGCUGGAGGAAACUCUGAUGAGGUGCGACGAAAGAGUUGACGUCUGCCCUCACCUGCGAGAACUGAAGGAGGAACGUCGAAAACAUGCAAAUUUGAAGGAGGAGCUGGAAGAGUUGAGGACAGUAGUCGAUGACACAGGCUCUCGUGAAAUGUUUAUAAAAUCUUAUAAGAAGAACAUGUCCGCAGAUCUGAAAAGAGUGGAGAACAGGUUAUCGGAGGAGCGUAAAGAGACAGAGAGACAACGACAGAGGAACAAAGAACUGUCGGAGGAGAUGGAGAUUCUCUAUGAUGAACUUCAAAAGAUCGAACAGGAGAACACAGGUCUGCAAGGGCAAAUCCAGCAGAUGCGUGAAGAGCUGCAGAAAGCCCACGCCGAGCUGGAGAGCUCCACGAAGACGUUAGCAGAGGAGCAGAGGAGAAAGCAACUUCUCACACCACUGGAGGAAAAAUACGAACUCCACGACGAAGAAGAAGAAGACGAGGACAAGAGCAAAUAA